AUGGCUGACGUCGAAAAGAACAGCCACAGCGCCGAGGAGAUCUCGCCGGCCAGUCAUCAUGAGCAACACCAGCCACAAGACGCAACCUACCAUGGCUCCAGCAAUGAGCACGAGGCCAUUGGCGGCGCCCGGUUCGACGUCGUCGAGGGCGACCUUCCGCCGGGCUACUUCAAGAGCCGCUUCUUCCUGGGCACCAUGCUGGCCAUCGGCCUGCGCCUGACGGGCGGCGUGGCCGGCUUCGGCUUUGCGGCGCCCAUUCUCACCACGAUCAACAACGACAUUGGCCCGUCGGCCAACAUCCAGUGGGUGGCGCUCGUGUACACGCUCACAAGCUCGGUGGCGCUGACCAUCAUCGGGCGGGUCACGGACAUCUUUGGGCGGCGCUGGAUCUUCACGGGCGGCACGUUCCUGGGCAUCGUCGGAUCGAUUGUGUGCGCGACGGCCCAGACGGUCGACACGCUGAUUGGCGGCAUGACCAUCAUCGGCCUCGCGGCGGCCACGCAGCUGUCGUACUACUACGUGAUGGGCGAGCUGGUGCCGAUGAAGUACCGCUUCCUCGGCAACGCCUAUGUGUACAUGUGGCAGUUCCCCAGCUCGGCCUUUGCGCCGGCCGUGUCCAACGCGUUUAUCCAGUUUACGCGCGUCGGCUGGCGGGGUCCGUUUUACGUGCUGGUGGCCGUCAACAGCGCGUCGUUCCUCUGCUGGCUCCUCUUCUACCACCCGCCGACGUUCCACAUGAAGCACCAGAACGAGCGCAUGGCGACGUACCUGCGCGAGUUUGACUACGUCGGCACCGUGCUCUUCUCGGGCGGGCUGCUGCUCCUCAUGAUGGGCCUCAACUGGGGCGGCGCGCUGUACGCGUGGACGUCGGCGGCCGUCGUCAGCACGCUUGUCCUCGGCGCGCUCGCGUUGGUCACCUUCCUGUGCUGGGAGGCGUUUGCGCACCCCAAGGAGCCCCUGGUGCCGAUGCACCUGUUCCACAACCGCGGCUGGAACGCCGCGACGGUGCUGUCGGGCGUCGCGGCCAGCAUGUACUACGCCUUUGCCAUUGUGUGGCCCGGCCUCUGCGGCCUCGUGUGGGCGCGCGACGACGAUCCCAUGUACGCGCCGUGGCUGUCGACGUUUGUCGGCAUGUUUAUUGUGGCGGGCGAGAUUGUCGGGGGCGCGCUGGCCGGCCGCCUCCGCCGCCUCAAGUGGCAGUGCCUCGGCUCGGCCAUGCUGGGCGGCCUCUUCUUUGCCGUCGUGGCCACCUGCAGCCCGGAGACCAAGGUGCGCGCCGGCGUGCUCGUGUCGCUCGGCGUCUUCUUCCUCGGCUGGGUCGAGUCGCUGUCCAUCUCCCUCAUUACGCUCACCGCCACGGACCAGGCCAACCUCGGCACCUCGGGCGGCCUGGCCGGCAGCAUCCGCUUCUUUCUCUCGUGCACUGCGAGCACCAUCUACACCGUCGUCCUCCGCGCCCGCAGCGCCGUCACGAUCCCGGCGGCCGUCGCGCCCGCCGUCGAGCAGGCCGGUCUGCCCGUGUCCAGCGUGCCCGCGUUCCUCGACGGCUUCACCACGGGGUCGUUUGCCAACGUCAGCGGCCUGACCCCCGACAUCAUGGCCGUCGGCACCAAGGCCUACUAUGUCGGCAACUUUGACGCCUACCGCACGGUGUUCCUCGUCACACUGGCGUUCACGGGCAUGGCCUUUGUCGCUGGCAUCCUGCUGCCCAACGACAUUGACAAGUACCUCACCGACCGCGUGCAUGUCACCCUGCACCAGGGCACGGACGAGACGGCGCUUGCCGGCGCCAAGCGAAGCGAAAAGCAGAUAUCAGCGUGA